CCCCAUCCCACUUCCAUCGAUUGCUGCUUAUCCAUUCGUCGCCCUUUUCCAUUUGCAACUCCCGUCUACCUACCUACCUACUUUACCUAUCUUGUUUCCGCCCCAGUCGGCCUCUCCUUUGCCCGAGAGCAGCACACUCAUCUAGCAUUUACUCUUAGGCCUGACAUCUGUCAUCAUCAUCGACCGCGACCGCGAAUCGCGCACGCCAUCGAUUCUCACCAUGUCUCGCAACGGCACCACUCUCUACGUGACCGGGUUCAGCCACGGCACCCGCGCACGCGACCUUGCCUACGAGUUCGAGCGCUACGGCCGUCUUGUUCGCUGCGACAUUCCUGCUCCUCGUAGUGCCAGCAGCAGACUUUUUGCUUUCGUUGAGUACGAGGAUCGUCGAGAUGCCGACGACGCGUACCAUGAUAUGCACAACAAGCGCAUUGGCCGUGAUGACAUCCUGAAGAUCGAGUGGGCUCGCACUCCUCCCUCUGCUUCUUGGCGCUUUGACCGCAGCGAUCGUGAGCGUGGUCCUCGUGGCCGCGACCGCUCACCCCGCCGCCGCUCUCCCAGCCCCAGGCGCAGCACUAGAGACUACUCCCCUAGGAAGGAUGAUCGUCGUGACCGCGACCGCGACCGUGACUACGACCGCGACCGCCGCGAUACUCGUGACCGGUCUCGCAGUCCUGAGCGUGAGCGUGAGCGCGAUGUUAAGGACGAUCGCGACCGCGAGGACCGUGAUCGUCGCGAGAACGGCACCAACGGUGACGACAGAAAGGCCAUCGAUAGCCCGGAGAGACCUGCCCACGAUGACCUCGACGUUGCCGAGUAAACGGAUCAACAUACUCACGGCGCGGGGUCACUCCGGUUUUGGCGCCAGUCACUCAAGCCCCGCCUUUUGUGUUGGCAUGUUGUAAGAAACGCCAAUUGUUACCAUGGUUUUGUGCUUUUCUCUGUUUCUGUGUCUGGUGGGCAUGCUGAUGUCUGCACCUCUUUCCUGGGCAGCUGCAUAUGGCGUGCUGGCUAUAUGGCGCCUCCUGCCUGAUUUUUUCCAACUCUAGAAUCCAGACGAAGCGGUCGAUCGGGUGCUCUUGAAAACAACACUCGCCAUUUCGACCAUUCGGGAGCUACAAAAUCUGCAAGGUUGAUCCUUUUGUACGAUGGCACACUGCUGGUUUGGAUCCAUUAUUCAAUGACCUGUGAAAAGACGAAACAAACGGCCGUUGUAUACCGAUGUAAAGGUCAUGACUCCAAAGGCUUUUGCUUCAUUGCCUUGGCAAGUCCGGAAAGGAGGGCACACAAAAUAAGCAUAUCGGAUGAUCCCUCAAGGGGCGGGUGGAAAGGGGCUCUUGGUCUUGGUGACCGGCGGCCUGGUUGUUUUUAUUUCCUUAGUCGUUUGUCGUCUUUUUUUUUUUUUUUU